UGUGCUAACUGUCGUGAAAGCACAUCGACGGAGAAAGACGCUAAUAAGUCAGUCUUAUUAUUUCUUAUCCAGUUUGAAAUAUUUACGUCGUAUAAAAUACAUCUUUGAUUCUUUAUUUAAGGAUAAAAUGGUCUGGAUGCGCUAGAAGCACUUUGCUGCUUCUCCUGCUAUCUUUGCUUGUUAGUUAGCUUAGCUCGCUAGUUAGCUUAGCUUGUUAGCUGCUAACAGAAGUUAUCAACACAUCGCUAAGUAGAGAUCAAGUGUGAGAGUAAAGUGUUGUGAUUGUGUGAAAAUGUCUACAUUACACAUGUUGAGAGCGUUGGUGGAUCAGCGACUAACUGCUGCCGUUGAAGAAAUAUUUGUAGUGUUAGAAAGAACGAUAGCAGAAUAUGAGGCGGAACUUUCUAGAACAAAGGAGGAGAACAAUCAACUACUGGACGCUGUUUUCAAGAAACAUCAAGUUGUGUUACACAGAACAGAUGUCGUAGAAGAACAUCUUCCUCGUGAGCAGGAAGAAGAGCCACAGCCCCACCACAUUAAAGAGGAAGAAGAUGUACCACAUUCCCAUCACAUUAAAGAGGGAGGGGAGGAGCCACAACCCCCCCAUAUUACAGAGGAAGACGAGACGCCACAUACCCAUAGUGUUAAACUGUCCCUUCACAUUAAAGGUCAAGCGGCGGACCCACUGGUCUUACACAGCAAAAAUGAAGAGGAGGACCCACUGACCCCUCACUUUAAGGAGCAAGAGAACCCGCUGACCCCUCACAUUAAAGAGGAAAAGGAGGACCCACUGAACCCCUACUUUAAAGAGGAAGAGGAGGACCAAGAGCCGCUGCACAUUAAAGAGGAAGAGGAGGAGCACCGCAUCAGUCAGCCUAAAUGGUUGGAGGAGUUCCCAGUGACUGGUGUCCCUGUGAAGAGUGAAGAUGAUGAGGUCAAAGGUGAAAGUGAGGAGAAGAGAGAGGCGGAGCCUCCAAGCAGCAGCUCAACACAACACAUGACAACAGAAGCUGAUGGAGACCACUGUGGAGAAUCACAAGCAGACAAGAUCUUAGCUCCACUAUCAGAUAGUGAGGACACAACGUCACACUCUCCUGACACUGAUGAUGAACACUCUAAAGAUGAUGCAACAUGUCACACUGACAACACUCACUUCACAUGUUCUCACUGUCACAAAACUUUUAAAUACCAUUGUCGUCUGAAAACACACAUGAGAACACACACUGGAGAAAAACCUUUUAUCUGUUCACUCUGUUGUAAAGGUUUUGUAGAAAGUCGCUAUUUGAAAGUACACAUGAGAAGACACACUGCUGAAAAACCUUUUAUCUGUUCGCUCUGUGAUAAAGGUUUUGUACAAAGUCACAAUUUGAAACUACACAUGAGAACACACACUGCUGAAAAACCUUUUAUCUGUUCACUCUGUGGUAAAGGUUUUGUACAAAGUCACAAUUUGAAAGUACACAUGAGAACACACACUGCUGAGAAACCUUUUAUCUGUUCACUCUGUGGUAAAGGUUUUGUACAAAGUCAGAAUUUGAAAGUACACAUGAGAACACACACUGGUGAAAAACCUUUUAUCUGUUCACUCUGUGGUAAAGGUUUUGUACAAAGUCAGAAUUUGAAAGUACACAUGAGAAGACACACUGCUGAGUAGUGAUGGGUUGAUGAGGCGUCAUGAAGCGUUUCGACACAUCGCAAAACGGUAUUGAUACUGUGUCGAUACUGUGUCACUAAAUACUGACAUCUGCUGGACAUUAAAAAUCCCUACAGGCAACCUAUGGACCGACUCAACUGACACUGAUUGUAUGACCUAGUAUAUACAAUAAUAUAAACCAAGUCAUUGUAUUUCAUUUAGGAUUAUUUCAUAUCUUCAUUUAAAAAAAAAUAUAUUUUUAUCUUUUUAAAUACAGUCAAUAAAUAAUGUGAACAUGUAUCAUAACAUGGAAAUCUAAGAGAACGUGUUGUGAAUGCGGAUGCUUGUGGACUGGGAAUUUUUAUUUUUUUAUUUUAUUUUUUUACACAUUUUUAUUUAAAAAAACAGUUUUUCCAACGUAUUACAUUUUAGACGAUUUCUCUUAGUUAUUAUUUCUCCGGCUGUAGAAAAGACCCGCUCACAGGGCACAGAGGAGGCGGGAGUGCGACACAGUUCGCGUAUCGGUCACGUGACCAAAACAGCUCAUGAUCGGUCACGUGACUUUCUAAAAGCGGUACGCGCACCGACACAGGGUUUUGCUCUAUGAGCUCGACGCAUGCGCCGAUGCAUCGGUGUUGCCGGACCCAUCACUACUGGUGAGAAACCUUUCACAUGUUCAAUCUGCAACAGAAGCUUUUGUGACCAAUCAAAUCUUGUAGCACACAUGAGAAGACACCCAGGAGAGAAAGUGUGGAGUUGCAGUGUGUGUGGUGAAAGAUUGUCUUCUAAGUACCAGUGUAAGAAACACAAGUGUGCUGGUGAGAACAGCAGCAGCAAAUGAAACUGCAGGAUUUGAAAUAAACUGUCAAGACUUUAAUGUUGACUUUCUAACAACAUCAGCACAUAUAACAUGUGUGACAUCAUUGUUGUUUGUGUAACAAUCUCUUUAAUAUACUUCUACAUUUAUAGAUUAGAUAUUGUAUAUUAGUGCUUUUUUCAGUCAAGUACAUGCAUUAAUAUGCAAUCAAAGUUUGGAGUGUCAGGCAAAAGCCAAUAUUGUACAUCAUCCCACAGAGAUUCACUUUGCAUACAUUCAUAAAAUAAACUGUUUAUUUUGUUUCCCUAUCACAGAACGAACAAGUGUUGUCGUCAAUUACAAAACAAAAUCCUAAAAAAUAUUUUAAGUGGUCAAUUCUGUCUUUUUUGGAAGAAUGGAAACUUUCAAGAUGUAUUUUUUUGUUCCAGAGAAAAUACAGUAAAGAAUAAACAGUAAAUAAUGAAAAAGAUGAUAUACUGUAAUUAGAAUAUUUUGAACAAAAGCCUUUAUAAUUUUUUUUUCCCAGCUCGUACUUAAUAAUGAAAUCUUCAAAUAA